AUCACACUUUCCUUAAAUUAAGGAUACCUGGGAAUAUUAUUGGCAAAUUUGUUAACAGAGUUAUUUUCUUUACAGACCACACGGAUCUGGCACAAACCCUCCAGGAAGAGGAAGAAGAAGAGCACUUUGAAUAUGCAGAAGAGGACUUGGCGCAACUAAUUUUGAACAUCAAAACCAUCACUACCCUGUACGACCUUAGGCCGACAGACUGGACUCCCUAUUGCGAGGACACCAUCAGAGAAUGGCUCAUUCACAAGGAGUACCCCUUGUUGACCAUAUUUUUUCAAGGAAACACUCUUAUGGCCGAACUUGGCAUGCCCAGAUGUCCCAUAUUUGAUUUGUUUUAUUUUUUAAGAGAGCCCGGUCAAAUGUUUGACGUUAAAACGUUUUUUGAUACGAUUAAUUUUGGUUUGUUGGACGAUGACAUUCAAAAAAAUAUUUUAAAUAUUGUUUCAAAUGUUUUUGUUCCCGUUUUUAUGAGCAACACUAGAUGGGCAGAUAGUGUUAAAAACUACGCCUACCACAAUAUCCACAUGUUUAUGUCAAAAAUGACCGACGUUCAUUAUCGCAAAAUAGGCCUGACUGUUUUGUAUAUCCCGGUUGGAUCAAAGGACAUUUCAUUGGAAAAAGCCGCACAAGACAAGGAACUACUUAAAAGACUUGAAGCAAUAGUGGUGUACUGGACGAAACAAGUUCGCAUAGGUAUGCAGGAACAAGAAAGAUCUACAAGCGAAGAUUUGUUAACUAUUUUGGACGAGUACGAUUUCUGGAAACUUAGAUAUGAAAACUUGUUGGGCAUCCAAUACCAACUCGAAGAUCCCAAUCUAAAAAACAUCUGCAGCAUUCUGGUGAUGCUGCAGUCUACCUACAUCCGUCAGUUUUUGGUUUUGGUCGACGAAAUCAAAAGCAACAUUGAAGAGUCCAAAUCGAACAUUGACUAUCUCACAGUUUUAAUUAAACCUGUCAACAAAUUGAAGGAACACAAGCACCCCGAUCAAAUCCCCAUCAAUCUGGUGGAAAUUCUUCAUUUGAUUAGGUUUAUUUGGCUUCAGAGUCCCUAUUAUUGCACCACUGAACGAAUCACGUUGCUUUGCAAAUCACUCAGCAAUCAGAUUAUAUUGCAAUGCACGACCUACAUUGAUUUGUCUGUGAUAUUUGACGAAAAGAAAACCAAGAAGGCCAUGAAGAUGUUGGAGGAGGUCAUUUAUUGUUUGUCUCAGUACAUUAAGGCAUACGUCUUGGUAAGCGAAAGUCACGGACAAUUUGGGGACAAACCCUGGGAUCUUUCCAAAGCUCCAAUUUUUAAUCACAUUGACUCCUACAUGCAGAGAUGUCGUGAUCUGUUGGAAAUUUGUGACGCAAUGAUCGUUUUUGGUCGAUACGACGAAACCGAAGACAUUCCUAUGCCUCAAUUUUUUGGUUCUAAAGGUAGAGAAUUCGAUACUUGGGCCGAAAGGAUCGAGAAAAUGUUCAAUGAUGUUAUGAAUGAAGUUAUGAGGAUGAGAGAUAGAAUCCUCAACGUCCACGCAGUGGAAUGGUACGAAGACAUUUUAAGAUUUAGAACGAAAACCAAAGACAUCGAAGUCGUUGUGGAAAAUUUAACGAACGCGGUUUUCGAAGAAGUGGCGAAUUUAGAAGAUGGCAUUCUUUUUUUGGCCUGUCUUUUUAACUAUUCCAAGAAGAAAACUUUACACAUGUUGUUCGAGCAAAAAACUACCCAGAUAUACAAAAUGUUCUACAAAGAAAUCCAGGAUUGCAAGGAUGAGAUUGCACAGGAUAAAAUAUUUUACAUCAGUCUCUUGCCUCACUAUGCAGGAAAAGCGAUAACAGUGCAAAUGAAGAGGAAACGUUUUAUAAUGCUAAGAGAGGUUUUUAUUACAAUAACAAUGAACAGGGUGUCCAGAGUAUCUUCUACCCUACAAAAUACUUUUGCUUCAAAAGUAAAAGAACCCUCAUGA